AUGGUAAGCAAUAACAGCUCUGACUGCAUAUAUAAUGACUCCUUUAAGUACACCUUGUAUGGGUGCAUGUUCAGUAUGGUGUUUGUGCUUGGGUUAAUAUCCAACUGUGUCGCCAUAUAUAUUUUCAUCUGUACUCUCAAAGUGCGGAAUGAAACAACAACAUACAUGAUUAACUUGGCAAUGUCAGACUUGCUUUUCGUUUUUACUUUACCCUUCAGGAUAUUUUACUUUGCAACAAGGAACUGGCCCUUUGGGGAUUUACUUUGUAAGAUUUCAGUGAUGUUCUUUUAUACCAACAUGUAUGGAAGCAUUCUGUUCUUAACCUGUAUUAGUGCUGAUCGGUUUCUGGCCAUCGUCUACCCAUUUAAGUCGAAGACGCUGAGAACCAAACGAAAUGCAAAAAUCGUUUGUAUUGCUGUGUGGUUAACUGUGAUGGGAGGAAGUGCACCAGCAGUUUUUGUUCCAUCUCCGGGUAACAAUACUUCAGCAACCUGCUUUGAAAAUUUUCCAGCAGCUACAUGGAAAACCUUUCUCUCAAGGAUUGUAAUCUUCAUAGAAAUAGUGGGGUUUUUUAUUCCUCUCAUUUUAAACGUAACUUGUUCUAGUAUGGUGCUGAGAACUUUAAAUAAACCUGUAACAUUAAGUAGAAGUAAAAUAAAUAAAACUAAGGUUUUAAGAAUGAUAUUUGUACAUUUGGUUAUAUUCUGUUUCUGCUUCGUGCCUUACAAUAUCAACCUUAUUUUAUAUUCUCUUAUGAGAACACAGACGUUUGUCAAUUGCUCAGCGGCAAUAGCAGUAAGGACCAUGUACCCAAUCACUCUCUGCAUUGCUGUUUUAAACUGUUGCUUUGACCCUAUCAUUUACUACUUCACGUCGGACACGAUUCAAAAUUCGAUAAAAAUGAAAAACUGGUCCAGCAGGAGAAGUGACUCCAGAUUCUCUGAAGUUCAAGGCACAGAAAACUUUAUUCAACAUAACCUACAGAUGUUGAAAAAUAAGAUAUCUGACAAUGAAUCUACAAUAUAA